AUGUUCCGGUAUCUAACUAUCCUGGCCCAAAAAAGAAGGCUUUUAGAAGCUACUGCAUGCCAUAUUCUAAUACGCUGUCGAGCUGGACAUGAUGUCUUUCAGGGUCGCCCAGAGGAAGGGUUCCUGGUGGAACAGACCGAGGAGUUGCUACCAGAUGGGACUGUUGUGAAGCAACAAGUGCAGACAGAGGAGACUGUCCAGACAGUCUCCUCUCAUGAUUGGGAGGAGGCGGAGUUAGCCGCCGCGGCUGACUCCGAGCAUUUCGUCGUUGAACCACCAGAGGAGAGUGUGGAGAUUGAAGAAGUUGAGGAAACCCUGCCUGACGGAUCUACCAUGAGGAAGCUGAGGAAGAUCAAACAUGUCACGGAGAGGAUCACGGAACGUGAGGUCUCAGAUGAGGUCUCCGAAAAUGAAGUAGAGGAAGCCGAGGAGCCGAGGCAGUACCCAAUCACCGCCACAGACGGAUCAGUGGGGCGCUUCGACAGGUUCAUUUUAUGGGGUGAUGGUGGUGGUGGUGGUAGUGACUUGUCACGGGUUACUGAUGCGCGCAUAUCCCCUGUGGUCUGUGUGCGUUUGUUCCGUUUCUGCGUCUUCACACUUCCUGUUCCUAGUUCAGGCCCUUGCCCGGGGAACAGGGUCGGCUACCGCUUCGGCUCGCAUGCCUCGCUUCGUGAUGCAUGCUGUAUGGACAACCGAGAGUUAACGGAGGAGGUAAGUAAGCAGACAUUAGCAGAUAGGGAGGAAGAAGCGCCAGGGCUAAAGGCCGAAGGUGUUGAGAACAAAGAGCCCAAAACAACGUCAAAAAUAGACGAACAAGUCAUAAAUGUAGCAAAAGAAACAACCCAACAGACGGCAUACGCCGCGGAGCACGAAAGAAUGGACGAAAAUGAAGAAACAGAGACAGCAGCAACACUCCAAAAAAUAGGUGAAAUAAAAGUACCAGAAACAGUGGAAAAUGAAGCAACCGAAGAAGAAAUAGACGGCGGAGCAAAAGAAAUUAACAAAGAACAACAAAAAGAAACAAAACCAGAGGUAGAGGGAGUGAGAUUGGAAGAGGAAGAGGAGAAAGAGGCUGAAGUG